CAAAUUUUCGUUUCUCUCCCAAAUCCCCCAAAACGUUUCCCUCCCUUCCUCUCCCACGCUGCUCCCUCCCUUCCCUCAUCUUCCGCCCGCUGCCAACCUCCAAGCACUGCCGCCACCGAAAGCCACCCAUGCCACCACCGGUUAAGCCGACCAUCCAAAACCAUCGAACGUCACCAGCUCGAAAUCCGGCCGACCUCCUCCCGCCACAACGACCGGCGUCGCCCACCAUCGCCCACCAUCCAAAAAUCGGCAAGUCACCAGCUCUAGUUUUAGGAGGUUUGUCUGUUUCUCCAAACCCCCAAAACUCUUCCCUCCACCCUCUUCCACCCAGCAGCGCGGGCCACGACCAAGCAGUGCCUUCGACCACCACCAAUUUCCGCCGAACGCCAGCCAUCUCAACCUCACGCGGUUUGCUCGCCUCCACCCACCGAACGACGCCCACACUAGAGCAGGAUUACCGUGGACGAAGCCCUGUUAGGGAAAGAGAUAGGGAUAGAAGACGCGAUCGUGACAGAUACAGGCAAUUCAGAAAUUGAAAGAAGGGGAAGCUGUAAUUGCCAUAGACCCAAGGCUGCAAAGGAGCUCGGCAUCGAUCAUGGUAGUGGAGAAGGUACUCAUAGUAGCUCACCAAUGCCUUGCACCUUACAGAAAAUCAAGACCUUCCAUGAAGCAAUGUGUUGAGGGAUUAUGGGAAAUCCGAAAAGAUUUAAGAGAAAGCUCCAUUUCUCCUCCUCUUCCUCUUCUCAACAUUCUGCAGAAUUUCCUGAGAGUGAUGAUAAGAAGAGUUGGGAUACAGCUUUUGGUACUGAAGAUGUUGAGAGCCACAAAUUUAUCUCUGCAUGAUUAAGGGGUAAUUAAGAAUUUGAUAUGAAUAGUGUUAUUCUGCAUCUUUGUAAUUCUUCUUGGUGAACAAAAUCAACACAUUCAAUUAUUAUUCGUUUAAUGAGUUUGUAUUCAUUCUUUUGAUAUCCAAGAGUACAUGUAAAAUUAAUGAUUUGCUGGUUGGAGUAAACCAUGUUAAAUUUAACAUUCGGUGGCUUGUUUUUGGCAU